CUCCCUAAAAUAAAUUACAGGUUGUAUUGUAGGCUUUGUCUCUCCAUUGGAAGAAACUCAGAGAAACACAAUGCAUCUUCUCCUCCUGGCAGCUACCUUUGUGCUUGCAGGAGCCUACCCACUGGAAGACGUGAGAGAGUGCCAGCCUCACUCAAGGCCCUGGCAUGUGAGCCUGCAUGGUGGAGGAGUGUCAUGCAGCGGAGCGCUCAUUGACCCGUGGUGGAUAGUGACUUCAUUUGAGUGUGCACCUAUAGCCUAUCAGACCGUUGCGUCUCUUGGAGAACAUGACUCAAGUGUGGAAGAAGGCACAGAGCAGCACAUCUUAGUUUCUGAUGCGAUCCAACACAGCCCCUACCGCUCGCCUCUCCACAGCCUCACCAUGGUGCGUCUGUCUGAACCUGCCAGUUUUAACCAGUAUGUCAAACCAAUCCCACUACCAACCCGCUGUCCAAAGCCCGGAGAAGUCUGCUCCAUCAGCGGCUGGGGCUCCACAGAACCAGACCAGUAUGACCCUUCCCAGCACCUGAAGUGUCUUACUGUGCCGGUGGUGAACGAUAUGAUUUGUUUCAAUACCUUCCCUUCAUAUCUGUUCUGGGGUGUCAUGGUCUGCGCCGGUCAAGCAAACACAGAUAACUGCCUGACCGGUAGGAGCAACGUGAUGGUGUGUGCCGGUGAACUGCAGGGUUUGACGUGGUUCAAUCAUGGCUGUGAGGAUCCAGCUCACCCCACAGUUUACACCAAGAUGUGUGAAUACACCCACUGGAUUAAAGAAAUGAUGGCCAUGUAUUCUCCCGAGACUACAACUCCUUUCCCCUGGAUACCAUAAGGCAGCUUUGGCACGCACAUCUGCAUUUUAUAUGGGAGACUGUUUUUUUUACAGAUCGCUCCUCACAACUGGAAAUGUUUCCUUGCUAUGUGUUUUGUUAAGGUUUAAUGAGAUUUUCUGUAAAUAAAAGACACGUAAAUGUUUCCUGUA